CGCAGCUUCCCUGCGCUGCCUGCCUUCCUGUGGCUCCUGCCGGGCUUUCAGAUUCGCUGUGGAAAGUUACUUACCGUAGGAUUGUAAAGGGAAGGCUUUUAUUUUAUUGUAUUUUUUUUUAAUGUUGGGAAAGAAAAUGUUAAACUGGGCUUUACUUUUCCCUCUUCUCCCAUAAGAGCUCCUGCAGGAAUUCAAGGGAGAUGCACCACCUAAACCCUGCACAGCCUGUGCCCAAUGUAAUGAAACGCUCCGGAUAACUCUCACCCUCUUUCUUUACAGUGGCUGGUGAUGUUAUCUUGCCACCCUUCAGAGCACAGCGUGGAUCCCACUGCUUGUAGCCUCAAGCAGGACUGCUGAUAGGCUUUAUCUUGGCGAUAGGAACUGUCCAAAACCCAGGGUUUGUGGUGGGUCCAAGGCCGCAGGGCAGUCGCUCACAGCAUCACUGUAAGAUUCCAAGGGCUUCCCAUCAGGUUGGAUCUCAGCCCACACACAAAUUGCACUUCUACCUCUAGUUUAAAAUAAGUGUAGCAUUUUUAGCAAACUUCUCAACUCCUCAGCUUUUCCUUUCCAAAUACAAUUCUUUCUACCUCCUGUUAUGUUUGGGGAUUCAUGGAGCAGUUACAGCAUCCAGGUUGUAACCUCUGCGGUGGUUUUUUCCUUUUGCCAGCAGGAGUCUUUCAUGAAACUCUAUACAAAACUUCCAUAAAGCAUUAAAAGACUACGUGUGCACACAGGAGGUGGAGAAGUGCUGGACAGUCUUGCUGCAGACCUGAAGCACCUGACCCUUCCCAUAACCUUCUCUCUCAGGUUAAACCACAAACCCUGUGCUUAAUCGCCCUUGUCCCUUGGCUUAGGCUGUUGUCCUGUGUGCUUAUCUGGAGAUGGGAGGCAUUGAUCUCAGGGAUCGGUCUGUGAUCGAGCUGGGAGCUGGAACUGGAUUGCUGGGAAUAGUGGUCACGUUACUAGGUGCCCGUGUUACCAUCACAGACAGGGCGGCAGCACUGGAGUUCCUGGAGUCAAACGUGCAGGCGAACUUACCCCCUGAACUACGUCCCAGAGCAGUGGUGAAGGAGCUGACGUGGGGAAAAGACCUGGAUAACUUCCCUCCAGGAGCAUUUGACUUUGUCCUGGGUGCAGACAUCGUUUAUCUGGAAGAAACAUUUGCAGAACUGCUUCAGACGCUGGAGCACCUGUGCUCAGAGCGAACGGUGAUUCUCCUUUCCUGUCGGAUCCGCUACGAGCGGGAUCUCCAGUUCCUGAAGAUGCUGCGGGGGCGUUUCUCUGUCUCCGAGGUCCAUUAUGAUUCCAGUAAGGAUGUCCAUAUCUACAAAGCACAGAGGGGUAGUCGCAAGGAUGACUUUUGACUCUCUGCUUUGUUAAUGAGCCACAGAUGCUGUUCAGUUCUCCCCUUUGUUUCUACUCAAUACACUCGUUCCUAAGCA